CUCAGAUCCCAAGCUACUAUGGAUCGAAUCCAGAAAAUUACUCCCAAUCCCAAGAACUACGUUGUGCUCCAUCGUCUCAUCGUCUCAUCGCUCGUCUUGCUGCUGUCAUGCACGGCGGCGAGCUGUGAGCAAACCCCACCACUGAUCUCCCGGCUCGCCAAGGACCUCAACACCUCCCUCUACACCAUCACCAUCAAGGCCGACAAGUCGCCGCUCCUCCUCGACAUCGCCGGCUCGCUCGUUUGGUCGACGUGCCCGCCGCCAUCGGCGCAGAGCACUGUGGCAUGCGGGUCUGGUAAGUGCGGCGGCGUGGCCAGCCAGCAGUGCCCACGCAACUGCCUGCACGUGGACGGCGACCAGUUAGGAGAGUCAGGGUCGGGAUGCGCCUGCGCCAGCAACCCGGUCAGCCGUCAGUGCUCCACCGCCGGCCUCACGAGCUUCGCAAUGUCGGCCAACGCCACCGACGGCGCGAUGGAGCUUCCCCCGGAAGAGUCGUUCGCCGUCCUCGGCGCGUGCGCGCCGGACAGCCUGCCGAGGUCGCUCCCCGCGGGCGUCACCGGCGUGGCGGGGUUCUCCCGGCGCCCGCUCUCGCUGCCGUCGCAGCUCGCCGCCCAGCGCGGCUUCGGAGGUAAGUUCGCCCUGUGCCUCCCCGUCUUCGCCAUCUUCGGGGACUCGCCUGUGAACCUGACGGCGCCCGGGCAAGCGCCGGGCUACGUCGACUACACGACCGUCAUACCAUACACCCCGCUCCUCACCAACCCGGCGAACCCCGCCGGAUACUACAUCCCCGUCAAGAGCAUCUCCGUGUCGUGGCACGAGGCCGACGCCCAGGCGGUCCUCCCCAGCGCCGCGCUAGAGCUCGACCACGGCGCCGGCACCGGCGGCGUCGUGCUCAGCACCGCCACGCCCUACAUGAUCAUGCGCCCCGACGUGUACGAACCGUUCGCCAAGGCCUUCGACGUCGCCUUUACAAGGGGGAGGAAUGUUCCGGCGACCUCCGUGGAGCGGGUGCCGGCGCCAAAGCCGUUCGAGAUCUGCUACAAUGCCGGGUUCAUGAGGCUGAAGUAUCCAGUUGUCCAGUUGUCCAGUUGUACAAGCUCCAACUUCUUCAGAAACUAGACAGCACACCUCUGACUUGAGCAGCCGGCUCCAAGUAUCCAAGGCGCAGUGUACGGUAGAAUAAGUUCCUGUGGGCGUCUCGUAUCGAAAACUACUGUAAUGUCGAUUUUGCAUGGUGCCCAGUCCCAGUUCCGGCACUCGGCAGACACGGUCUUUUAAGAUGUUUAUUACUGUGAAUUUUCGCAGAGAACGU